UUUCGUCACUCCCGAGGCAAAAACCAGAGAUAGAGCAAAUGAGGCCGUCCAUGUCGCUGAUCAGAUCCGCCAGCCGCGUCGCCCGCCGCACCUACUCAACUGAGUCCGUCCCCCAGCGCAAGGUCGCCGUCCUCGGCGCCGGCGGCGGCAUCGGCCAGCCCCUCGCUCUCCUCAUGAAGCUCAACCCUCUCGUCUCCCACCUCUCCCUCUACGAUAUCGCCGGCACUCCCGGCGUCGCCGCCGACGUCAGCCACAUCAACACCAGAUCUGAGGUUAAGGGCUACGCUGGAGAGGAGCACCUCGCCGCGGCUCUGGAGGGAUGCGACGUCGUGAUUAUCCCCGCCGGCGUGCCACGUAAGCCCGGGAUGACUCGGGACGAUCUCUUCAACAUUAAUGCUGGGAUUGUCAAGUCUCUGACCACCGCGAUCGCCAAGUACUGCCCUCAUGCGAUUAUCAACAUGAUCAGCAACCCUGUGAACUCUAUUGUUCCGAUCGCCUCGGAGGUGCUGAAGAAGGCCGGGGUUUACGACGAGAAGAAGUUGUUUGGUGUGACUACUCUUGAUGUGGUCAGGGCCAAGACUUUCUAUGCUGGCAAGGCCGGUGUCCCCGUUGCUGAGGUUAAUGUGCCAGUUGUUGGUGGUCAUGCUGGCGUCACCAUUCUCCCACUAUUUUCUCAGGCUACCCCAAAAGCCAAUUUGUCUAAUGAUUAUAUCGAGGCAUUGACAAAGAGAACUCAGGACGGAGGGACAGAAGUCGUGGAAGCCAAAGCUGGAAAGGGAUCUGCUACAUUAUCUAUGGCCUAUGCUGGAGCUCUCUUUGCUGAUGCUUGUCUAAAGGGACUUAAUGGGGUCCCAGAUGUUGUUGAAUGUUCGUUUGUGCAAUCAAGCAUCACUGAACUUCCUUUCUUUGCUUCCAAGGUGAGACUAGGGAAGAAUGGUGUGGAGGAAGUUUUGGAUUUGGGUCCUCUCUCAGACUAUGAAAAGGAAGGAUUGGAAAAAUUGAAGCCUGAGCUGAAAUCUUCUAUCGAGAAGGGUAUCAAGUUUGCCAACCAGAGUUAGUGUAAAAUAUGAUUGAUGCCUCAGGAUGGGGUCAUCUACCAUCCUUAUACCCAUCGAAAUUUUGCAUUUGUCCAAGUAGUGUUGUACUUUUAUUGCUGCCAGCAGCGCCGGCUUUGCUGUUUUUAUUGGAGUAAGCUCUGAUAGGACGGAACAUUGUGUCAAUAAUUCCCCGUGUCAUGUUUAGGGGAGAGUUUACUCUGUUUGAACUUGAUCGCAAAUGUUAUAUAGUGUUUAGUCAUUUGACUGGAUAUUUAUUGAUAGAUGCCAUUUUGAGAAAUGAUGGAAUUUGAAAGAUGGCCUCAAAGGUUGCACCUCC